GCUGCCUGUUGCGCUCCGGUUUGUGUUAGACACACUAAAUACUCCACAUACACACACACAUAUCUGCACAAUGGCUUACAUCUCAGGUCCUGUUCUCAAGCACGCAGCCACCCUCGGUGGUUUCCACGUCAAAAACGUCAUUGCGUACGUCCCAGUCCUUGCCUUCUGGGGCGCUGCUGCCGGCGCAGGUGUCGCAACCUUCACCGACAACUGGCCUCUUUUCCAAAAGACCUUCUACCAAAAGAUCCCAUUCAUCGGCAACCACUGGGUCCACAACGUCGACCCAGAGGACACCUACUACUAGUUCUGCAGGCACAUUCUACGCCCCCUUCUCCGCCUGCACCUGCUACUAAAUUAUUUAUUC